CGGUAAAACUGUUGCAUGGCUGCUCCACUUUGAGCCACUCAACUCUCAAAUAACUUAAUUGCUUCCUUCUUUCUUCUCUCAUUCAUAGCAAAAAGAAAAAGGAAAAAAUCAGUUCACUUUUCAGUAGAGGUAAAAAAAUGGCUUCAACUGGUGUAUAUAACAGCUUUUUAUGCAAAAGUAGAGCAUCUUCUUUGAUGGGUAUCUCUUCUUUUCCUUUAAUGGAACCGACUAUGAGACCAGAAAUAACUUACUCCCAGGGACAUCUCAGAGUAGGAACUUCCCCUUUCUUGAGGAAUGUAUCCUACAACAUGGGCAUGAAGAAAGUUCCACUUAUGGUCACCAGAGCCAGCUCAAAACCGAGUGAAAAUAGCGAAGGAGCUCUUGACAAGAAUAAGACGCCAUUUGGAUAUACAAGAAAGGAUGUUAUAUUGAUUGGACUUGGAGUUACCCUUCUAGGCUAUGGCUUAAAAAGUGGAUUGGAGUUCUUGGGAUUUGACCCUUUACAAGCUGGAAAUGUAGUUCAAUUAGUCCUGGUUUUGGGUCUAACAGUCGGAUGGAUCUCAACAUACAUCUUCCGGGUUUCAAACAAGGAAAUGACAUAUGCUCAACAAUUACGAGACUAUGAAAGCAAAGUCAUGGAGAAACGGUUAGAGAGCUUAACAGAAGCAGAGUUACAAGUAUUGAUUGAGCAGGUUGAAGAAGAGAAGACCCGCCUGGCUAGUGGUGAACAGGUCAAAUAGAUAUUGCUUUCCCCAUGACCCCUUGGACCUUGUUAUCCAUGGAAAAUGGUCUAGACAAUAAGGAAGUUUGUACAAUAGUCAAUAUAUGCUUGCCUAACAUCUGAUGAUCAUAUCCAACUAGAUAAAACAAUUCUGGAAUGAAAGAGGCUUCCCUAGGUGGGAGUUCAUGUUCUGUAUAUUGUUUAGGAUUUUAUAUAAAUACGUGAUAUACGAACUAUUAUCCAUC